AUGUCGACAACACCAUCACCAUCCAAGCGAGCCCGCCUACCCACGGCAUCGACUGUCCCAUCCGCAACCGCCUCCCCAUUCCCAACUGGCCCCUACGCCCGCCCCCCUCCCGGCCCACGAUCUGUUGGUCCCAGCGGCACGUCCAAUCUCGCUCCCGCAAUCGGUCUUGGCAUGUCCCCCGUCGACGCCUUAUCCCCCUCUCACCCCGAACAAUAUGCUCUCUCAGGCUUUACACCAUACAAUACCACUUCUCCCGCCUAUGGAAGUAACUCACAUGGUGCAAUGACAGCAGCAUCCCCGAUCUCUGCUGCUCUAGCACACGGAUCAAGGGUGCUAUCCAACAUUCAAGCUUCACCGAUGUAUGGGACUCCAAUGAUGAUGAAUCAGCUCUAUCCCCCACGGCUCGCUAUACAACCACAGCAAGCGCAACAACAACAGAAUGGUGCGGGGAGCAAGGUUCAGACGGCUCCACAACCAGGCAGUCCGGAGUACCUGAAAUUUGCGCUACAGCAUCUACAAACGACCUUGUUAGCGAGGCUGGAGGCUGAGGCGGAAAUAUACUUUGACGCGGUCGAUAGCUCACUUUCGGUGGAAGCAGAUACGAGGGUUGUUGCGCAGAAAGCAAAAGCGUUUGAAGAGGCGUUGGACACCGUAUUGAGCUGGGUGGAGAAGAAUGGUUUGGCUAGUAUACCUCUCCUCCCUCUCCCCGAUCCAGGUACGGGCUCAAUGUCAGGUGCACUGAAAGACAAUGUAGCAGCAGCAACAGUGGACGCACCAAGAGCGAAAGAAGAACCACCAAAAGAAGCAGCGGAAAAGGAAGACCCAGACGCAACAACAAACAAGGAUGCCGCAACAGGGCCAAGUUUAGAAGAGCAGAUAUCAGAAUUGCAACAAAAAGCAAAGGAACUGUUCGAUAGGAGACAAAGGCUGAAAGAAUCUGCUUCGAUUGUGACUGGUAUACUCGAAUCCUGA